AUAAGACCAGACCCCAGUAGUCCAAGGAUAAAAUAGUAUUUUGGUAGCUGGGUUUCGGCUAUUAUUCGGGGCGUCAAAACCGUAAGUGCCACGUAUUGCUAUGGUAUAAUCGCUCCUUCACUUGCCACAAUCUCUUGAAUUACGAGCCUGCAAAUUCUAACGAAAAAGUCCAUCGACUAUUUUAUUGUCCACGCUCGCCACAAUUCGAGCAUGUUAGUGUCGCUUAACCUGAAAAUAUUUAUUGAAUCUCCAUUGGCAAGUCUUUUUAUGGACAGCCAAGGGCGCGAACUUGCAUAUGAUUGUCUGGAAGUGUUUCAUCUGUUGCUAUAUGAUACCAAUUAUUCUUUUCUGACAACCAAGCAUCUUUCAUUCAGUGAUGAGUUUGUCCCGCUUCCCAGCCUUAAAUAUUUUAAUAUUCAGGAGAUACAGCACUUUGGCAAAGUGCCAUUUUUAAGGGGCAACAACUGUACCUUGGAGAGGCUGCGAAUUUUGGUUAACUCAUGGUUGACUCAUUUUCUGCACCUACCUGGCAUCUUUUCGCCGAGUAGCCACCCAAAUCUAUACACCAUCAUAUUUUAUGAUGGUUACCAGUUCGGCCAAUCCCACUUUAUUAUGUUGCCUGAAGCACAAAUACAGAGUUCGUUCAAAGCAAUCACCGCUUCGGCGCCGUCACUGCAGGUACUUCCUAUGUGUCCCACGUUUCUUCCUCAAUCGCUGAUCGAGCAGCUGAAAGCCACCACGACAUUUGACAACAUUCAGUCUCUGAACAUAAUCGAUAGUGAGUUGGAAUUUUCGGUCAUUGUGCUUGUGCUUCAAAAAAUUUCUCUGCUGACCACGCUUGGCUGCCGUUUGGGAUCGGCGCACAUAUACCCUGAUGUUCCACAAGCCGAGGCUGUAGACUCUUUGACAGUUGCGUUGCAUUCACAAGGUCGGCAUUUUUAAAUCUCAGUGUGUCCCAGAUUCGAUAUUGUGAGGACUAUGCAUAUGGGCCAUGAUAAUCCAUUUUUAGAACAUUUCGGAUAUUGGGACGUUGGAGCCCUUUCCCUAAUAUUCCGACCAAAUCGAGUGCCUUUUCCGCCAUAGGGGCUAUUAUGAACAUAUUUAGUCAGACCGGAUUUUCUUUAACUUUGUUUUUUUAAAUCUAAUCAUCAGUUUAUUUGAUUUAAA